AUGGUCCAAGAGCAAAAAUAUGAGGAGAUCCCAACAAAGGAGGACUCACAAGUUAAUUUUUACGAAGACCAAAAUAUGGUCAGGGUAGAAAUUGAUACGGUUGUGGGUAACAAAACUAACUUGCCAAAAUCAUCAAUGACUAAGUUAGAACUUGAGGCCAAAAGUGGCCCAAAAAUAUCCAUGUCUAAGGGGCCUGAGCAUCCAUUUUCUUUGGAGCACAAUCCUCCUACCUUGCUUCAUAUCCUACAAAAACAUGAAAUUCAUGCUGAAAAUUCAAGAGAAGCAAGGGAAGCAAGGCUUGGAGUGAAACAUGGUUGGCCACCCCCUAUGGUGUGA